GCUGACGGACUGGUUUCAUCCCGUCUGCUGCGCUCAGUUUUGGAGCACCGAGCCCUUCUGAAUUGGUGCAGUGUAUUUUGAGCUUGACAACAAACGGAAAGGGACAGAAAACUGGAAAUACACUAGUGGAAGUUGUUGUGGCGCACGAUAACAAGUUUAACUUGUAAGAAGAUGGAUAUAAUCUAACAAGGAUACUUCUGAAACGACUUUUCUUUUUUUAGUGUUUUUCCUGACGUUACGUUAACAACUGACAGGAUCUCCAUCACUGAAAAGCACGAACAGAUGAGUGUUUUGUGAGAAGAAAUUUCAAUGAAGAGUAAAGGAAGGACGAUUAUGGAUCCAUUGCGUCAAAUCAGGACUUUGAAGUGGUGGAUACUGGUAAUCCUUUAUGUGGUGCCACAACUCAUAACCAUCCACUCAUCCAUGGUGCCAGGAACAUUGCAGCUCCAACUAGAUGAAGAACAGCCAGCAGGAACUGUUGUAGGAGAUAUCAGUGCUGGUCUCCCUCCUGACAUGACUGCGUCCCACUAUUUCAUCUCAGAUCAUCAAGGUACAGGUGUCAGCACCGAUCUGGACAUUGACGAGAGUACGGGGAUCAUCAAAACGGCAAGGAUCUUGGAUCGGGAAGUGCGGGACCGUUACAGCUUCAUAGCAGUCACCAUGACCGGUAUAACAGUAGAAGUCACAAUCUUAGUCAAUGACAUCAACGAUCAUGCACCAGUGUUCCCCAGAAAAAGAGCCACAUUUAAGAUCCCAGAGCAGACAACCAUCGGCACCAAGUUUCCUCUUGAACCUGCAGUGGAUGCUGAUGAGGAUCAGCUCACUACACAAGGUUACAUCAUAACAGAUGGGAAUGUAGGACAAGCUUUUCUUCUUGAAACCAAACGAGGGUCCAACAAAGUCCUCUACUUGGAUUUGGUGGUCAAUACAGUUUUAGACAGAGAGACAAGAUCUUCAUACACUCUACUCUUGGAAGCAUUUGAUGGUGGUUCACCCAAGAGGACGGGACAGAUGAUCUUGGAUGUGAUUGUGCAGGACAUCAAUGACAACGCCCCAGUCUUCAACCAGAGUCGCUACCAUGCCAUGAUCUCAGAGAAUCUUCAACCUGGGAACAAUAUACUGCAGGUGUUUGCUUCAGAUGCCGAUGAAGGUGACAAUGGGUUGGUGCUUUAUGACAUCAACAGGAGACAGAGCGAUCCUGACCACUACUUUGUUAUUGACACUCGAACAGGAGUUAUCACUCUCAACAAGCCUUUGGAUUAUGAGAUGAGAAGAGUUCAUGAGCUUGUUGUACAGGCUCGUGAUAAUGCCAGUCAACCAGAGGUGACCAACUCUUUUGUGACCAUCCAGGUGAGAGAUUACAAUGACAACCAGCCUACCAUGACCAUUAUCUUCCUUAGCGAGGAUGGUUCUCCACGCAUCUCGGAAGGAGCACAGCCAGGCCAGUAUGUGGCUAGGAUUUCAGUCACAGACCCUGACUAUGGAGAAUACGCCAAUGUGAAUGUGUCUUUGGAGGGGGGUGAUGGAAAGUUUGCUUUGACCACUAAAGACAGCAUCAUUUAUCUCAUCUGUGUAGAUCAGAUCCUUGACCGUGAGGAGCAGGACCACUAUGAACUCAGAGUCAUGGCCACAGAUUCUGGGACCCCUCCGUUACGGGCAGAAUCUACCUUUACAAUUCAGGUCAUAGAUGUUAAUGACAACCCACCUUUGUUUGACCAGCAGGAAUACACCCAGGUUAUUCCAGAGGUGGCCUUUCCAGGAAGUUUUGUAGUACAGGUUACAGCACGGGACAAAGAUCAGGGACCCAAUGGAGAUGUUCAUUACAGCAUCUUGCAGAAUGAAGGAACUCAUUUAAAUUGGUUCAGUGUUGAUGCAGUGACUGGUGUCGUUACCACCCUGACCCAGCUUGACUAUGAAACAGACCCUAUGCCGAGUAUAACUGUGGUUGCCUCUGACAGAGGUCGACCUCCACUGUCUUCUACAGCUGUGGUCAAAGUGAUCCUACAGGAUAUUAAUGAUAAUGAACCUGUGUUUGUCAGCAAGUUCUACAACGCAUCCAUUAAGGAGAAUGCUCCUGCAAGGACCUGUUUCAUGGAGGUUACAGCUACUGAUGCGGAUGGUGGGUCUUUUGGCUCCAUCUCUUACUCUCUGGGCUCUGGUCCAGGCAGUGUGACCCCGUCUCAGUUCACCGUUGACAAGCACAGUGGACAGAUCUGUACUACCACCAGUCUGGAUCGUGACCAGGGUCCGGCCAACUACGACUUCACCGUCACAGCUGUGGAUGGGGGUGGACUAAGUUCAGUGGCCUACGUGCGGGUGGACCUGAUAGAUAUAAAUGAUAAUCAACCUGCAUUCUACCCUGUGAGCUAUGCAGUGAGCCUGAGUACACAGAGUGCUCCAGGGACAUCCGUCCUGAAGGUGACAGCCCAUGACCCCGAUGCGGCAGAGAAUGGCAGAGUGACCUACCGAACUGUUCCUGAAGGGAGCUCACCUUUCUUCACCCUCAACAAAGACACUGGAGUGAUUUCACUGUCACGCGCUCUACAUGGAAAGGCAAACUCAGUCAUUACGAUGGUGGUCUCAGCCCAAGAUGGUGGGGGUCUUACCGCUCCAGUCAAUGCCAGGGUCAACAUCAGUAUAGUGGCGGGACUGGUCGCACCCCCUGUGUUUGAGCAAGCUCAGUACUACUUUGUGGUCUCAGAGGAUGCCCUGCGUGGAACACAAGUUGGUGUUGUGCGGGCCAGCACUAAGAAUGGUGUCUUGAAGGAUAUCUCCUACACUAUAAGCUCUGGUGACCCAACAGGGUAUUUUACUGUAGAUUCAGAGUCUGGGGCUUUGAGAACCAGCUUGCCUCUGGAUCAUGAGGCCCAGCCAAGCUUGAAUCUGGAGAUCCAAGCACAUUGCGGUAACCCACCAGCAUUUGGCCAGACUAGGGUACGAAUUACGGUGUCUGAUGUCAAUGACAAUGCACCCGUCUUCCUGCCUUCAUCUUCUGAGUCAUUGAUUCUACCUGAAGACACACGGAUGGGUACAGUGGUUUACAAGGUCCAAGCAGAAGAUCGGGAUUCUGGACCCAAUGGCCUUCUGAGUUUUGACCUGUUCACCAGCAGCGCCCAUAGGACCUUCAGUAUUGAUCGCAACAGCGGACACUUACGCCUGAUUGGCAGUUUGUCAUAUGAGACCAUGCCCCGCUAUGACCUGCAGGUUAUUGCUAAAGACAGUGGAGCACCUCAGCUAAGUUCUACAUUUACUCUGGUCAUCCACGUACAAGCUGAAAAUGGACAAGGCCCUGUGUUCGAUAGCCUCACAUACAGAGUAGAGCUAAAGGAAAGUACGCCACUUAACACACGCUUUCUACAGGUCCGUGCUGUGAACAGAGAUGGUGGCAUCACCACUGGACUGUCAUCUACUUCUGCCCCAGUGGCCUACCACCUGCACCCAGACGGUGAUGCUGCAGGGUUUGGCAUUGUAUCAGACAGCGGCUGGCUGUUUGUGAAAAGUGCCUUGGACAGGGAAGCUAAGGAGAUGUACCUUCUCACUGUACUGGCCACAUCAGGCAACGGACAGUUAAAGAAGACAGGUAGUGCCACAGUGCGUGUGUCAGUGAUGGAUGAAAAUGACAACACUCCACGCUUUACCCAAGAGAGAGCAUUCCUGGCAGUGCGCGAGAACCUGCCAGCAGGCACUGGUUUUGGCCGAGUGUCUGCCAGCGAUCGAGAUGCUGGUCUCAACGGUCGGCUGAGCUACCGCCUGCUCCAUCUGGAUCGCCACUUCCAGAUCAACUCCCACACAGGUGAGAUAAGCACAAAACUUUCCCUUGACCGUGAGCUUCAGUCCAGCUACCAGCUCAUUGUGGUGGCUCAGGAUGGCGGGACCCCUCCACGCAGCGCUACAGGCACUGCUUUCAUCACAGUUCUGGAUGAGAACGAUAAUGCGCCCUCUUUUAGCAAUGUUCAGACGGGACGAGAGCUCUUGCUGCAGGCAUUGGAAGGUCAGCCAUCUGGAUUUCUACUGGGAACCGUUCAUGCAAAAGACCCUGAUGAAGGAGAAAAUGGAACUAUUUUCUACUCCAUGUCUGGUCCCAGAGCCGAGCGUUUCACUCUGAACCCAAACACCGGAGAGCUGCGCUCCUCAUCCGCUUUGAGCCAUUCUGAGCGGCCUGAGUACAGUUUCAUCAUUCUGGCUUCUGACCGAGGUUCACCUCCUCAGAGCUCCACCAUUGCACUGAAAAUACAGGUUCUGAGUUCAAGUAAAGGAUCACCCAACACUAACUCCCAACCGCUAAUAAUGAAGUCUGUGGAGGGAGCUAAACCCGGCUCUGUCAUAGGAUCUGUGUGUUCACCUGAUUCUCAAGCCCUUCCCGAAUCUGGCCAGGUCACUUUUACUGUGGUCGGAGGCACUGACUUCGAUGGCACUUUUGUGGUAGACCGACAAACAGGUGAUGUUUACCUGGCCCGUGAACUCGACUUUGAAAAAUCUCCUCGAUACACUCUCCAAGUGGAGGUGGACGACUUCUCCACGCCGCUACCCAAAAGUGACAUCAUUACAUUAAUAAUCGAUGUCCAGGACAGCAAUGACCAUUCACCAGAGUUUCCAGAAGACCCCAUUAUCAUAGUUGUCCCUGAAAACACAGAUCCCGGUGUUUCUUUCUACACCUUCCAGGCCGUGGAUAAAGAUGGAAGUGGACCCAACAGUGAUGUACAUUAUUCAAUCCUACAACAGUGGCCAAAUAUCCCAGAUCUUCUGUUUCUGGACCCAACCACUGGAGCUCUGUCUUUGGGGAUGAUGUUGGAUCAUGAGAAGACCUCUUCACUACUUUUGGUGGUUCAGGCGAGCGAUUCGGCCCUUGAUGUCAGUCAGCGGCGGCGUGGAAGUGUCACAGCUCGUAUAUUUGUUACUGAUGUGAAUGAUAAUGAGCCUGUGUUCAUCUCAGCAUCUGUGGUUAGUGUGAUGGAGGAUCAGCCUGUGGGUUUUGUGGUGGUUUACGUCAUGGCUGUGGAUGCAGAUCAGGGAGAGAACGGACGAGUGACGUAUCGCAUCCAGAGCGGCAACAUUGGAGGAAAGUUCAGCAUUAACCCGGAUACAGGCUCUUUGUCUAUUCUUAGACCAAUUGACCGUGAAGAGCAAGACCUCUACAACCUGACCAUAGUGGCAGAAGACCACGGUUUACAACAACACAGCAGCUCACAGCUACUGUCAGUCCAGGUGAUUGAUGUAAACGAUGAAGCGCCGUACUUCCAGGAGAGCCAAUAUGAAGCAUUUAUUGCUGAGAAUCAGCUUGCAGGAUCCACUGUGCUGGUGGUUUCAGCUUCUGAUAUGGACCAAGGGACCAAUGGAAUCGUGACAUAUGGAAGCAUUGUGGGAGAUGAUUUCAGUAUUCAUCCGGUGACAGGAGUCAUAACUACCACCAAAGCUUUGGAUAGGGAGGCACAAGGAGUUUAUGCAUUGACAGUUUAUGCCAGAGACGGUGGUUCUCCGCCCAAUUUCGCCAAGACCUCAGUGCGGGUCACAGUGCUGGAUGAGAAUGACAAUAGGCCGGCUUUUGGGAGAGUUUACUACAGUCUGGAGGUGCCGGAGAACCAGGAGCCUGUGACGCUUUUCACCAUUAGAGCCACAGAUCAAGACUCUGGAGACAGCGGGCUGGUGUACUACAGAAUCACUGAUGGAGACCAUUUUGGUGAUUUCCACCUGCACAAGAAGUCAGGUGUUUUGUCUACUUCCAGACCUUUGGACCGAGAGUCCAGAGCAAAGUAUACCCUCACCGUUGAGGCACAAGACCAGGGUAUACCAUCCCUCACCAGCACGGUAACUUUGGACAUCAGUGUCCUGGACCUCAAUGACAACAGCCCAGUGUUCCCCAGCAGCAGCUACUCUGUUGAGGUAUCAGAGGAUGCUUCAGCAGGAUCUCUUGUUUUGGAGGUUUCAGCCUCUGACAAGGAUGAAGGGUCCAAUAGCCAAGUGGUCUACUUCUUGAGUCAUGAAUCCAAAGGUAUGUUCAUUGUGGACCAACACACAGGUCGCGUCAUUACAGCGGCAGCACUCGAUCGUGAAAAAGUGGCCUCCUACAGCUUCCAAGUCUACGCCAUGGACUCUUCAGCCACUAAUCCUCGUAACUCCUCUGCUGAAGUUAUCGUCCACGUUUUAGAUGUAAACGACAAUGCCCCCUUCUUCAUUACAGACCCGCUUAUCAUUAAUGUCUCCAUCAGCAGUCUCUCCAAUCACAGAGUGCUGGCAACUAUGAGAGCAGAAGAUAAGGACUUUGGUGCAAAUGGGUCUGUGUUCUAUCGAUUUGCAAAUCCUGUCAAAGGCUUCACCAUAAACUCCCUAACCGGAGCCAUCCAGGCCACAGAGAAGCUCCAAGCGCUCACCCAGAGUCAGCGGAUCCUCAUUGUGGAGGCCAUGGAUCAGGGCAACCCAUCGCAGUCUUCUCUGGGCGUUGUGAUUGUGUACAUCAAAGAGCAGAGUUACCAGGGCAUCCGCUUCUCGCGCAACACUAGAGAUGUGAGCCUGCAGGAGAAUGCAGCCAAAGGUACUGCAGUUGUUCAGAUUCAAGCUCAAUAUCCUGAUGGAUCUAGCAGUGGCAUCAACUACAGCAUAUUCAGUGGGAACAAGCAGCAGUCAUUUAGCAUCAGCCAUCAUACUGGUGAGAUUUGGGUUGAAAGCUCCACAGGUCUGGACUUUGAAGAGACUCCACGACUCCGCCUGGUGGUCAAGGCUGAAACAGCAUCCUCCAGCUCCUUCAUGGCUGUCAACCUCCUACUACAGGAUGUCAAUGACAACCUUCCACGCUUUCAGCUUCACAAUUAUGUCGCUUAUGUUCGCGAGGCCCAGGGCUACGAUCAUCCUAUCAUUCAGGUGUUGGCGAAUGACCUGGACCAGGGUCAGAAUGGGCAGGUGACCUACUCCAUAAGGUCAUCCUCCAUGAGCGGCCUUUUCAAGAUUGACCCUGUCACAGGCAGUAUAUCCACUGCUGCCAUCAUGGACAGAGAGAUCUGGACACAAACCAAUCUGGUCAUUAUGGCAACAGACAGAGGCAGUCCUCGGUUAGCAGGAUCUGCCACUCUCACUGUGAUCAUUGUAGACCUGAAUGACAACAGUCCCACCAUUCCUGUUCCACGUGAAGUCCGGGUCCCUGAGAAUACCUUGAUUGGAACCAUGAUCACUCAGGUCACAGGGAAUGAUGUGGACUCAGGGCCUGCUCUCUCAUAUACCCUUCUUCUGGACUCAGACACUCAAGGGAAGUUUGGAAUACAUCGCUAUGGAGGAGGGGUGUCUCUUACUACCCCUCUGGACUUUGAGAUUAAAACGUGGUACACACUGACAGUCAGCUCUUCAGAUUCCAAGCAGCAGAGUCAUGCAAAUCUGACCAUACUUGUGGAGGAUGUGAACGAUAAUUCUCCAGUCUUCUCUCAGGACCUGUAUGAGGUGACUCUAGCCGAACACUCGCCAGCAGGAAGCUCAGUUAUCACAGUAACCGCUACAGAUAAGGACUCUGGAGAGAACGGAAGAAUAACAUACAGGGUCGUGUCAACAAAGGACAUGUUCUACAUUGACCCAAGCAAUGGUACUCUGUUCAUCAAGAAGGAAGUUGAGUUUGACUCACAGCGCCCAUCCAUUUUAGUGGUGAUCGAAGCCUGUGAUAGUGGAACACCUCCAUUGACCGCCCUUUCCACAGUUCAGGUGCAUGUGUCUGAUGUCAAUGACAAUGCCCCUGUAUUCCACCAAACUGAGUAUAGAGCCUCUGUAUCUGAAGAUGAAGUUCCUGGUUCAACCAUUCUAACUCUAGAAGCGGUGGAUGGAGACUUAUCAAGAGACAACUGUGGCUUUGAUUUCGCCAUUGCCAGUGGAAACACUGGGAACACCUUUCAAAUUGAGAGCAGUGUUCGCUUCCUUGAAGGCCAUGGAUUUCAGACAGUUGGGAUGUUGAUACUGGCUGAUAAGCUUGACUUUGAAAUUGCGAAUAGCUACAAUCUCACUAUUGUGGUCUCAGAUCGUGGUAUACCACAGCGAAGUUCAAGUGUUCCUGUUUUAAUCACUGUAAUGGACACCAAUGAUAACCCACCAUCCUUCAGUAGGGCAGAGUACAGCGCUGUUGUCAAUGAAGGGGCAGAAACGGGAACGGAAAUACUGCAACUUUUUGCUAUGGACCCUGACUCAACACCUAAUGGAGAGGUUCAAUACUCAAUCAGUUCUGGAGAUGACUCUGAGCUCUUUUCUGUAGAUCAGUGGACUGGGGCCGUUCGUCUGCGGAGGUCCCUCAAUAGUGAGAAACAGUCCUCCCACAUGUUCGUCAUUCAGGCCUCAGAUGGUCAGGGUCACUUUGCUCUUGCUCCUGUCACUGUCGAGAUAAAGGACAUCAAUAAUAAUCGACCUUACUUCCCUCUUAAAUCACUCACAGCAAGCAUUCGUGAAAACCAGCCCCAGAAUGCUCUAGUUACCAUAUUACAUGCCAUUGAUCAUGACAAAGGAGCAUAUGGAGAACUGAGAUAUUUCCUUACUUAUAAUUCGGGCAAUGGUAAAGAUUCCUUUCUAGUGAACCAAACCUCUGGUGAGGUGCGAACCCGCUUUACUUUCGAUUUCGAGAAGACAAACACUUUCAAUUUUAUUGCGAUUGCAAUGGAUGCGGGCAACUAUUCAGCUACAGUCACUGUUCAGGUGUUUGUAACUGGUGAAGAUGAGUACGACCCCGUUUUCACUAAAUCCGAUUUUGCCUUCCAUGUCCCUGAGGGUGCAAAGAAGGGGCAAAGCAUUGGCCAAGUAAAUGCCAAUGAUGAGGAUGGAGGAGUGGAUGGCAUUGUCCUCUACACCCUUGUAAACAGUUCACCUUACUUUGAGCUCAAUACAUCUACCGGUGUAAUAUCCCUCAAGAUGGACGCAUAUCAUCGACAUGUCACCCGGUCCAAAAGAGAGACACGACAGAUGACGUUGGAUGUUAUUGCCCAUAGUCCUUUAGAGAAUUCCCGAAAAACUUCAACCCAAAUCACAGUUGAUGUUACACAUACAUCCUUUGGCCUUACCACAGACAUGAAUGUGGUGCUUGCCAGUGCUAUAACAGCUUCCUUGGCAGCCAUUGUGUUCCUGAUCAUAGUUGUUGUAGUGAUAUUCCUCUUGAGAUCUCAAAGGUAUAAAGAACAAGAAACCUGCACCCGAAUAGUCACGCAUGAUACUGUUCUGGAAAGUCUUGAAGAUUCAAAAGUUCCUGGGGGUGAUAAGCUGUAUCAUCAGACCCUUCCGGGUUAUGCAGCAGACCAGAGUGGAAAUGUAGGAGGUGCCUACACACGAGGAGGGUCACUUGACCCAUCGCACUCUAGUGGACGAGGGUCUGCCGAAGCAGAGGCAGCAGAAGAUGACGAGAUCCGUAUGAUAAAUGAGUAUCCACAAGUUGCUAGCAUCUCCUCAUCUAUGCAGGAGCACAUAGCUGCUCGAGGGCCCGACUCUGGUAUCCAGCAAGAUGCAGACCAGCUGUCUGACAUUUCCUGUGAGCCGGGCAUGGAUGCAAACCAAUGGUUUAAAGGGAAGAAACUGGGAAGUUUAAGUGGAACUCUAUUAGCAAGCCAGUUGCCAACUUAUCGGGAUGAAGGAGGUGGAUAUCUUGGUGUUGGGAGAGGGCUUAACAUCUCACAUCCGAAAGAUUAUGCCUUUCCAGAGGAUGGCAAGCCUGCUGUCGAUGGUUCUCUUACUGCAAUAGUAGCUAGCGAUGAGGAACUGAGAGGCAGCUACAACUGGGACUACCUCCUAGACUGGUGCCCUCAAUUUCAGCCUCUGGCUAAUGUCUUCACAGAAAUUGCCAGAUUAAAAGAUGAAAAUGCACCGCCUAACCCUCGGCGGCCAUUCCAUCCUAAAACAAAGACUGAUCCCAAGCCCAGGAUUGAUCCUCCUCCCCUUAUUACUUCUGUAGCUCAUCCUGGGGCCAAAACUGUUUUGCCUAAACCUGCUGUAGGGCGAACAUUUCCCCACUUAUCAUCAUUGCGACGAUCUCCUAUUGACCAUGAUGUUUCCUCGAUUGCCAUGUCCCCUAGUUUUUCUCCAUCGCUUUCACCACUUGCAGCCCAUUCCCCAGCCAUUGCUUCUUUUGGAGGUCACUCCAUAAUCAGUACAACUGAGCACGAGGAGACAGAACUGAGGAUUUAAUGAAGAUCCCUAUUAGAAAGCAUUCAGGUACUUUAAAAAUGCCUCUCCUCUGGCAUGGUCAUCGUGUUGUAUGUAAUGUUGCCCCACUGGCUGGCCAGAGGUUUCACAAAGUGGUGCUUUUGUCACCCUACUUUAGACUAACUGACUUGAGUUGGAAAAGAAGUAAAUAUGACUAUUUUAUAAUGCUGUUCUAAUGUCCUGAAGAGCAGCUGACAUUUUUAUUAGCCCAGUGUUUGCACAUUUAAAAGGACGGUCAUGUUUGAUGUUGAUGUUUUGUAAGAGAAAACAUUUUUGUAUUAUAUAUUUUUUUACUGAUGUUUUUCUUUUUAAAUGAAAUGACAUAUGUCAAAUGGUUGCUAUAACCGGUGAUUUUAUUGACAUACAUUUAUAUUUGUAUAUAUGUGGCCGUAAGAGUGUUAUCAGAGCUUGUUUUGGUUUCUAAACAGUUGCCAUUCUAAAGUGCAAACUAUGUUCAGUAUUAAGCUCUUAAAUGUUUGGGGAAUAUAUUUUGAUGUCGGUAUUUAUAAAAAAUCAUUACAAUAUCUGCAAAAUUGAAGGUUAUGCUGCAGACCACAGUGAUCAUUGAUUUCUACAUGCUGCUUCCCCUCCCAUAGCUUGACUAAUGAGAGCACAAUUGAAGUUUGAGGAACUAAAAAUAAUAAUCAAUUAAUUAAACAACGUUGUUCCCCAUUUUGUAAGCAUUCGAAAGUGUUGCAAAAAGAUGCUCAGUGAAAAACCUGUUGAGGCGCAAGCUAUCUGUGUCAGGAAUUUCAAAAUCUACAAGGAAAUAACAAUAACAGAAAUGCUAAACGUUGCUGACACCUACAAACACCACAACAUAACUGGAAAUAACAGUACUGUCAUAUUUAAGUGUUUAUUUUUGUGUUUAUUUCUUAAGGCCAGUGAAAAUGAUUAGCGUAAAUAGACUCUAAAUAGCUAUUUCAUAACAUCAGAUUUAAUGGCUUUGGAUUUAAUGACCACAACCAUGUCCACAAUGUCCAACCUUGAUGUUUAUGUUUAAAUAAAUCAAGCUAUCCAAUUACAUUCUUCAUUUGACUCAAAGAUAGAUUUACUCACAGCUCCACUAGUCGAGGUACUGAAGUGUAUAGGUACUUAUUUGUAGCAUAUUUCAAAUAUUACUGUGGGUAAAAACAGUUGAUAAGUUUAUCUAAUUAUGCCACAACAUGCUGGAUUACUUUUUACUCUCUCGUUUUUUUGUAAAAUAGAUUGCUAAUUGAUAUUAUGACACCCAUAUUUGUUAAAAAAAGCACUGGUUUGAUCCUAAAAUUUGUUCCGACAAUGUACAGUCAAAAGAUCAAGUUUAAAUAUUUUAAACUAAAUAGUGGCGGGGUUGGACUUUCUCCAAUAGCAGGACUCAUUUUUGUAGCCUUUCAAUUAGCUUAAGUGCUUGUGAAAUAUAUUUUUUGUACAUACAGUAUUUUCUAAUGACUGUAAAUGUUACCGUAUGACCAUACUUUAUUUUAGUUUAGUGCUGAAAAAAUAUAUAUUUCUUUCAAUUUUAAAAAUGUUGAGUCAGUUUUGGUCAGCAUACUGUACUUAAUUUUCCUGUCGAUUGAAAGGCUCAACUUAUAAUUUUGAAACUCCACAGUGUCUAUUAAAGAAAGACGAAGAAAUCACGUUUAAAAGUGACCAUUAAACGUUUGCUUUGUUGAUAUUCUCAAGGUCACAGGAACAUUUCAGUAUUAUAAAUUAAAGUUAUUAGUCUUUGUUUUGUUUUUAUGUUAGCCUGAUUUAACAGGAUAUCUCUCUUCUUGUUUGAAAGUCCUAUAUUUAUGGCAGAUGCUUCACUUUUGUACAGAAACAAUUCCUCACUCGUAACUGUGAACGUGUUAUAUUCAUGCUGCCUUGAAGGAAAAUAAAUAAUGUUCUGUGUUCAUUUAAAAAACAAAAGUUUCUCAUAAUGUUCAAGUCACUGUUCAUAUUGUCAUUGGUGAAUGAUGUCUGUUUACAUUACGUUUGGAUAGCACUGUGGUCCACAUUUGGCCAGCUGUUUUCUUGCAUUUGUACCCAGUAUAACCCAAAGGGCAUUGAGUAGGUGGUUGUUCAGUGUCCACCGUAAACUUUUCUUUUUUUGACAAAGUGCCUAAUUAAAAAUGUGUUUCCAAUAAUUAUCGUAAAACAUC